AAAAAAAGUUAGUUUUGUUUACAAUUAUAUAGUUUAGGAUUGGAAGUGGAAGCUAUACGCAACGCAGGUGAGAGUAUCGGCGGUAGAUAUGGAGGAAGGCACUACGAUGGAGUCAUCAUCAUCAUCAUCAUCAUGUGAGAAGAAUAAUGUCAAUUCUACGACGCGGCGGCUAUCGUUAAAAUCCGAUUCUGAAUUCAGCAAUUACCAAUUCUGGAAACAAAAGUUGAGAGAGAAUUGUUUGAAAAGGGUGCGAGAAGACAGAACUCGGUUGCUAUGGAAAUGUAGGUCAUCCUCGCCCCCAACCUCACAUCAGGAUCACUUGGAUAUUGCAUUUCGGGAUAUUGUAUCCCAUGAAUUCCAUCAAAUUAUCAAACAACAUAAUCAUGAUGAUGAUAAUGAUCUCUUAUGGAACGAUCAAUCUCCUCAUACCACAUACCAGGAAGAGUUACUGCUUCAAAUGCAAGACAUAUUUUAUCAAGAAACUGCAAUUGAUACUUGGGAAGAUGAAGUGGAUAACUACUUGGCUCGUGCAGUUUACGACCAUAUGGAUUUAAAUGCAGACAAGACGCACAGAGAACAGAUUUGGUGUCCUGUUUGUAAGCAAGGAGACCUUAAAGACACUCACACUCUCAUAUACUGCACUCGUUGUAAACUUCAACUAACCAAAGCCGGCGAGAAUACUGAAAUUGAGGCAACAGGCAACCUAAUUAUCACACCUGAGUGUCCUCUGAAACAUCCCCAAAUCUCAGUUUUUUAACCAAUUGAUCGAGCCAUGUUACGUUGGACUUUUUGCAUGACCGGCUUGCCGAAGCCCAUACGGACCAUUUUGACAGAGGCUGCAGAUUAAAACCCACAUUUUGUAUAAAGACCGAAUUUAAUUUAACUGCACUAUACAUUAUGUGCGAAGGUUGUGAUACAUUUGAGGUUGUAAUUUAACAAUUUUGUUAGUAUUUGUUAUAUAGUUAUUAGAGGUUCAACAUAAUUAAAGAUAUUUUUUCCCUAUGUA